CUGGGCCGGCGGCGGCCCCGAGCGGGCGGCCGGGGGGAUGCGCGGCUUGUCGGGUCGGCGGCGGUGCCGGUAAGGUGUGGAAGCAGACGAGAACGGAAGCGUGCAGACGCUCCCCGGAUACCCCUUUGGCGCCGGGACUAGGGCAUUGGAGCUGGGAUGGAAGGAUGCCUCUAGUAUGACAUGUGCUGAGAUUCCACCUGCUUUUUAACCAUGAAGGAGACAGACCGGGAGGCUGUAGCAACAGCUGUUCAGAGGGUUGCUGGGAUGCUUCAGCGCCCGGACCAGCUGGACAAAGUGGAGCAGUACCGAAGAAGAGAGGCCCGGAAAAAGGCCUCAGUGGAGGCCAGACUGAAGGCUGCAAUCCAGUCCCAGUUGGACGGUGUGCGCACAGGCCUGAGCCAGCUGCACAAUGCACUGAACGAUGUCAAAGACAUCCAGCGGUCCCUGGCUGACGUCAGCAAAGACUGGAGGCAGAGCAUCAACACCAUUGAGAGCCUCAAGGAUGUGAAGGAUGCUGUCGUGCGGCACAGCCAGCUUGCCGCAGCUGUGGAAAACCUCAAGAACAUCUUCUCAGUGCCCGAAAUUGUGAGGGAGACCCAGGACCUCAUAGAACAAGGGGCGCUCCUACAGGCCCACCGGAAGCUGAUGGACCUGGAGUGUUCCCGGGACGGGCUGAUGUAUGAGCAGUACCGCAUGGACAGUGGAAACACUCGUGACAUGACUCUCAUCCACAGCUACUUUGGGAGCACGCAGGGGCUCUCGGACGAGCUGGCCAAGCAGCUGUGGAUGGUGCUGCAGAGGUCACUGGUCACUGUUCGCCGUGACCCCACCUUGCUGGUCUCAGUUGUUAGAAUUAUCGAAAGGGAAGAAAAAAUCGAUAGGCGCAUACUUGACCGAAAAAAACAAACUAGUUUUGUUCCUCCUGGGAGGCCCAAGAAUUGGAAGGAGAAAAUGUUUGCCAUCUUGGACAGAACCGUGACGACUAGAAUUGAGGGCACACAGGCAGACACCAGGGAGUCCGACAAGAUGUGGCUCGUCCGCCACCUGGAAAUCAUAAGGAAGUACGUCCUAGAUGACCUCAUCGUUGCCAAAAACCUGAUGGUUCAGUGUUUCCCUCCCCAUUAUGAGAUCUUCAGAAACCUCCUGAGCAUGUACCACCAGGCCCUGAGCACGCGGAUGCAGGAGCUUGCGUCCGAAGACCUAGAAGCCAAUGAGAUCGUGAGCCUGUUGACAUGGGUCUUAAAUACCUACACAAGUGCAGAGAUGAUGGGGAACAUGGAGCUGGCCCCAGAAGUGGAUGUCAGCAUCCUGGAGCCUUUGCUUUCUCCAGAUGUGGUCUCUGAGCUGCUUGACACGUAUAUGUCAACUCUCACUUCAAACAUCAUUGCCUGGCUGCGGAAAGCACUAGAAACAGACAAGAAAGACUGGAUCAAAGAGACGGAGCCCGAAGCCGACCAGGAUGGGUUCUUCCAGACGACACUCCCUGCCAUUGUCUUCCAGAUGUUCGAACAGAAUCUUCAAGUUGCUGCUCAGAUAAGUGAAGAUUUGAAAACAAAGGUACUUGUUUUGUGUCUUCAGCAAAUGAACUCUUUCCUGAGUAGAUACAAAGAGGAAGCUCAGUCAUAUAAAGAAGAGCACCUGAGGAAUCGGCAGCACCCCCACUGCUAUGUCCAGUAUAUGAUCGCCAUCAUCAACAACUGCCAGACCUUCAAAGAAUCCAUAGUCAGUUUAAAAAGGAAGUAUUUGAAAAAUGAAAUGGAAGAAGGCAUGUCUCUGAGCCAGCCAAGCAUGGAUGGGAUUCUGGACACCAUUGCAAAGGAGGGCUGCAGCAGCCUGCUGGAGGAGGUCUUUCUGGACCUGGAGCAACAUCUCAGUGAGCUGAUGACAAGGAAGUGGCUGUUAGGAUCCAAUGCUGUGGACAUUAUUUGUGUUACCGUGGAAGAUUAUUUCAAUGAUUUUGCCAGAAUUAAAAAGCCGUAUAAAAAGGUUCUGCCAUCUGUUCACAGGCGGGAGGGUGUGUGCCCUGCACAGCUGCCUGGCCAGCCUGGGUCUCAGCAGGUGCCUGGGGCGUGGGUCUCAGCGGGGGACGGCCGUCUCCAUGGCGGCUGCUUCAGUGGUGGCCUCGUUUUGCACGAGUCUUGA